ACUUGUGUUGCAAAAAUACAUGUUGAUAUAUUCCAUAGAAAAAAUUAACGCCAAUUAUCAAAAAAGAGUUUACAUAAGUUUGGACAACAAACAAUAUCAUGUUGCAGUCAGUCAGAAGUUGAAGAUUGUGAUCAAGAACCACAUCAUUUUGAACAAAUACGGCCGACAAGCUCUCGAAGAGUGCCAAAUGUUUGUUUUUCUUUUUCAAAUAAGCGGUAUUGUCACAAUGGCUAGUGUUGUUGUAUUUUACUUUACGUUUUCGGGUUCUUUGACUGAUCAAUAUCUUCGAAUUAUAGCUUUAAUGCUACUGUCAUUUCUAACAGUAAUUGGGUUAGCAGUAAGCGGACAGACUAUUGAAGAUAUAUCGGAAGAACUGACAGACGCGUUGGUUAAAGUCGAGUGGUACCACUGGAACGAAAUUAACAAAAUGAAAUAUUUGAUUUUUUUGACGAAUACGUCCAAAGUAUUAGCCAUGAGGUUCUCUGAAAACAUUUCGCUUAAUCUUCGGUUAGGAUUACAGAUUGCCAAAGCUUUCUUCACUGCUGUGUCUAUUAUGUAUCGACUCAGGUUGAGUCGUGAUGUUUAACAGCUUCAAAUUAUUGACUAUAAUCGUAUACAUCACUUUCUGUAGAA